UCGGGUCUUGAGUCAGCUGUUGUCAGUGCAAACAAAAAGGGUGUUUUGCUCGCGAAAAAUCUAAAAAUAUGCUGUUUUAGCGUGGUUUUUGCGUGAAUUCUCAAUAAAAAUGGCUAGCUAUGAUUGGGAGGAUCACAACAGACGCACCGUCCUGGAGGGACGCGCUGCCCUAGAACGAACAUCCGCGAGUUUGGCCAGAUCCAAUCAGAUCGCCAUCGAGACUGAACAUAUUGGCACUGAAAUUGUGUCCGAGCUGGGGGAGCAGCGAGAGAGUCUGCUGAGGAGUCAGCGAGGUCUCCAUAACGCCAAUGACGGCCUUUCCAAGUCCCGGACAAUUUUGCGUGCGAUGCACCGAAAUGUGUUGUACAACAAACUCACACUUGUCCUGAUAAUAUUGCUGGAGGUCUUCAUUCUCGGCGGACUGGUAUAUAUUAAAUUCAUUCAUCGUUCCUGAUUGGAAAAUUGUCAGAAUAUCAGUGGAAUUUUACGGCAAGGAAUCGCCCAAAAGUAUGUUUUUGUUAUGCUAUCAAUUCCAUCGUAAACCAUAGCAUUAAUUUUUACAACCCUUUGUUCUGUGAGUUUGUGGCGGAGUUUCAAAAUAAAAGAGCUUUUUAAGAAACAAAAA